AUGUACUAUGACAUGACCUCGGAUGAGAAAAAGUGCAUUGAACUGGCAGCCUUCUCGGGUUUGUCUGUCGAUCCGGCUGGAUACGUCGACUUUGCUGUGGUCCUUUUCUACAUAGCCAUUCUUUUGAUCGGCUUGAUUGCCAAUAUCUACAUAUGGUUCAAUCGCCACUACACGCCACUCAAAGCCAAAAAUAUUCCUCUGAUGACCAGAAUUUAUCUCCAUUGCAUAUUCUUUUUUCUCGGCGACGUGACCCUAUGCGGCCUGGUGCAUGUUCGUAGCCCCGUUUUUGGCAACUGCAUACUGAUACUCGUGUGGUUCAGGUCGAUGCUGGGCAAUUUUUCUCUGGGUGCCCUGCUUACAAUCCGCUCGUACAAUUUUUACUGCGUGUUCUGCCGAAACAAGCCAAUGCAGGGCUAUAGGCGCACGCUUCCUUAUCUGGUAUACAUUCUUAUCAUUUCAAUUGUCGGCACUAUAUCCACAUUAGUGCCACGCAGGAUGACCAUGGUAUUUUUGGAUAGCAUCGAGUUUUGUUCUGUCAACGAGAAUUUGGUUACCACGUACUGCACAAUGCUCUGGGCCGUUUGGGUUGCGUAUACAGCCAUGAUGUGGCUGCUGCGAAACGUGCGCAGCUCGUUUAGCGAGGUCAAAGAGAUGGCCGUGUCGCUGGGCCUGCUUGUUUUGUGCACUGUUUUCAACCAAGCGCUUCUCUACAUGGUUCCCCAUUUACCAGUAUCUCUUUACUGGCACGUUGUGCUGGUUACCAUUGACCAACUGACCGCAAACUAUAUGUGGUGGCUAAUCAUGUUCAAGCCGCUCCAGCUUGUGCUGACCGAGUCCCACCAUGGCCACAUUGACGAACCAGAUUUUAUGUGGGGCAGCUCUGGGCAUGAACGCGUUCCAAUUACGCCGGAUUAUGCGCGCAAAAAAAGUGAGCCCUACAUCUCGGCAGCAAAUCUUAUUGAGGACUCGGCCGGCUAUUUUACUUCAGUUGAGUUCCCUGGGCCGCAGCCCACCAGUCCACGCAAAACUGACGAGCGGCAGACGGAGGUAUGCGGCUUUGGACGGCUUCACGACAGAUGGCAUGCACAGAGUUCGGACAUGGAUUUGUCACUUUUGCCGAGUGGUGACGGUAUGAGCAGCAAUAUGUCGGCGAGCAAACACCUGUUGUAA